GGUAAUGCAGUUUUUGUGGUUUUUGUGGUUUUUGUCACAAAUUUUACAAAUUUCAAUAUAAAGCUAAUUCUUCAGCUUAAUAUUCGAAAAUCUACCCUUCUUAAAAUGAAGACUGUGGAACUUCGGCCGGACCGAUCGCUUCUCAAGCCGAACUUCGAUGGAUACAAGCUCUCAUUGGAACCCAUUCCGAUUCUUCGAGCGGCACUGAAUGCAGAAUCUGCGAAGCCCAACAGGAUCCGCCCGAGUGAAGCACAAUACUCGCAUCUACAUGCACAAAUGUUUGGACUGCAGAAUCACUUGACUCGGGAUCCUUGGGCUCCGGGAAGCUGCUACUUCGUUAAUCGCAAUUUCGGAGUUUGUUCGGUCCAAUAUAAUGAAAUCAGCGGCAAAUUGAUGCCGCUGGUUGAGGUGUUCAAAAUUGAGGUCGAGGAGAGCUCGGAGAUUUACAACUGCUCGUUGGUGUUUGUGUCCGAGAAAUACGCACUAGUGGCGGAUGGUCGCAAAGAGCUACACAUCGUUGACACGGGCGAUCGUCGGAAACAAGGUGAGUGGCAUAAAAAGCUGACGGUUGCGUCCCCGGAAUGGAACGGGGGUUGUGUCCUUGAAGAUGGCAGGUUUGAGAUAGUUAACGGCGAAAGACAGAUACACGCAGUAGGUGCCCAUGUAGUUCAAGAAAAUGGAAUGUUCAAAACUGUCCUGAACUGGGUGCAAAUUGUCCAGAAAGAUUGUAAUGCGCCUUGGGAACUACAUUCUUGUAGGGUGUUGAAAGGACGAGGAUACGCUUAUUAUUGUGCUCUAGAAACAAAAAGCAAUGCUCUAGUAAUUGCCAGCGAUAAAUCGUUCAAGUUUGCGACAAAUAUAGACGAUGAGGUCUCCGAUCUUCCAAUAAACGGUACAGAUGCGGCAGCAGCCCCAGAAGAGCGACCACUUUUUCAGUGGAGUCAAACUGCAGAAUCUAUUGUGAUUACGGUUCCGAAAAUUGAAGGAGCUAACUACAAAGUAAGCAACGAAAAUUUGAAGCUUUCAGUUCUAUCUGACACUUCCUUAAUUGUUAGUAACGAUGGAUGGUUUGCGGCUGUCGACGGGGAAUUGACCUCGUGGAUCGAUGAAACGGAUGAAAUCCAAAUAACUUUGCUAAAAACUACACCUGGAUUGUGGCCUUUUUUGUAUCCUGGAUGUCCCGAGGAAAAAGGGGACCGUCCGGACCAAGACGUGGCACCUGUGUCGAAUCUAACCUCGCAACUGGAGGAAUGUGAUUUCGGAACGGCAGGAGACGAAGCGGAAUACACAAUCGAGAGGUUGGAUGUAGCUUCUACGGAAACAACCCACCGCGUUUUCCUUGGAGGAAAUGUCCCAUUAUUCAGGGUUAUGCUGCGGCCCGGAUAUCCCGAUGCUCUAGCGUUACGAUACGAUGUAGAUGGGUGCCUCUGGCUCCAACAUGCUGGAACGGACUGGACUCUAAGGCAUGAAGGGACCUUGAAUGCCUUCGGUUACGUACAAGCUUCCAAGCAGCAGAGAAAGUUUAUGUCCUGCUCUCCGGACCUGAACUAUGCAGUGAUUUGUGAAGCACAACGGCACGUUUUUAUCUACAAGGGAAACUACAAUACUGCCGGCGGAUUGAGAAACCGCAAUGGACCCCAAGUCAGUAUAGGGCAGCAAAAACUCGUCUCAUUGGAAGGAAACAGCGAAAUUUUAGGCAUUUGUUGCGAGAAUGAUUACACAAUUUUGCUAUUGGAGUGUGAGAUCCUCGUUUUACAACUUCGCAUAGAAGAGUAAUAAAAUAAAAAGCAACAUUGUA